AUUUCAGUACCAAGACCGGUAACCCCGAGCUACACUCGGGAAUACCAUGCGGCACUGCUCCGGCAUUUGUUCUUCACUUACCUUACCCUGCGCUCCCACGAUGUGUCCCCUGCAGCGUCCCCGGCCAUCUCCUUCGGCCGAUGCCGGCAUCCGGCUUCUGUGUCCUGUCCCUGUGACGUCGGGACGUACGGGCGCCAGCGGCGGCGGGAAAUUUCAAAAUUUUAAAUAAUGUCAUUUUUUUUUUUUUACAUUUUACAUAUGCUUUGUCCUGCGCCCCGCCUGCAUUUUGACUGUUCUUUCUG